CUCUCCCCUGGUAAGACUCCGAGCCUCUCGCUGCAACCAUGGUGGUGAUGAAGAUGAAGUUCCCCUUUCAGAAAAGGGUGAAGCUGGCCCAGGGACUGUGGCUCCUCUCCUGGUGUGCCGCAGUGGCCGGGGCCAUGACCUUCACCCUGGGGUGCCUCCUUAAGACGGAGCUCCGCAGGAGGGCAGAGGUGAUGGAUAACACAGACAUACAUAUUGUGCCCAAUACCCUCAUGAUAGUUGGUCUGGCCUCCUUGGGUAUCAACUACUUUGCUUCAAAGAUCUGUCAAGACGCCCUGGAUGCCGGCCGAUUCCCUCGUUGGAAGAACUUCUUGAAGCCCUACUUUGCUGUCUCUUGUUUCUUCACUGUCCUCAUGCUGCUGGCUGUCAUCAUGAGCUACGCAAUGAAGGGGAGUUUGGAGUUUUCUCUGAAGGUUGGCUUGAGAAAUGGCAUCCGCUUCUACAAGGACACAGACACCCCAGGCCGCUGCUUCCAGAAACAGAACAUCGAUCGCCUGCAGAUGGAGUUUCAGUGUUGUGGAAACAGUGACUUCAGGGACUGGUUCGAGGUCCAGUGGAUCAGCAACCGCUACCUAGAUUUCAGCUCUAAGGAAGUGAAAGACCGUAUCAAGAGCAACGUGGAUGGCCGUUACUUGGUAGACGGUGUCCCCUUCAGUUGCUGUAACCCUAGCUCUCCGCGGCCAUGCAUCCAAUAUCAGCUCACCAACAACUCAGCUCACUAUAACUAUGAAUACCAGACCGAGGAGCUCAACAUCUACCUCCGAGGCUGCAGAGAGGCCCUGGUCAACUACUAUAUGGGUCUGAUGAACACCAUUGGGGCUGGAGUGCUGUCAGUCUUCAUAUUACAGGGUUCUGUGCUGGUAAGCUUGCGGUUCCUGCAGACGUCCAUGGAGGCAGUGGCAGGGAAGGAAAAUACAGAAAUUGAGACAGAAGGGUACCUGCUGGAGAAAAGCGUGAAAGACACCGUCAUGGAGUACAUCAACCCUGUGAUGAAGUUCCUCCUGCUGACAAACCAGGUGGAAGAGGGCACUGCAGCACAGGCGACCACCUCAACUGCCCCCUAAACCACAAAUGAUGUACACACAUGUAAAUAAUUUUUACACAGAGGGCAACCAAGGAAUGAUCAUUUAAAUUUGAAAAGAUAACAUGA